UGACGAAGCUUCGUCACUCCACCUAGGUUUUUUGUCUUCUGCGCAAUUUGAUCCCUUUCAGAAAUAACAUUUAAUAAUAAAAUAAAAGUGUGCCCUUUCCGUUCGAUUUUUGUCGGAAUCCACAAUUUUAGUGAUCAUUCAUAUGUGCCCUCGUGCAAAUUCGAUCUUCUGAAAUAUCUGCAUACAGAUAGAGAUAUAGAUACGUUUCCCUGAUAUAUUCAUCACAAUAUCACACACACAUAUAUAUACACAGAUACAUAUAUAUGCAAAUAUCUCCCGCACGGAGUGCGUAUUGGUGUGUGUGAGAGUUGCAGAGGGGGAGAAAUGAGCUGGAGAAGAGUGGGCAAGUCAUUGCAGGCGGUGGCGGCGCACACUUCGCUUUUCUGUUUCACGCUCUUGCUCGUUCUCAAGCUCGAUCACAUCGUUUCCUACUCUUGGUGGAUUAUUUUUUUUCCAUUGUGGCUAUUUCACGUAGUUGUUGCACGAGGAAGAUUUUCUCUACCAGCCCCAUCAGUUCCUCAUGAUCGCCAUUGGGCGCCGUGCCAUGCUGUGGUUGCUAUGCCGUUGCUUGUUGCAUUCGAGCUGCUUCUUUGCAUAUAUCUGGAGAGUAUAUACAGUAAUGGUUUGGCUGCCGUGAACCUGAAAAUCGUAAUCCUACCUCUGCUGGCCUUUGAAGCUAUUAUCCUUAUUGACAAUUUUAGAAUGUGCAAGGCUUUAUUACCGGGAGAUGAUGAAAGCAUGACUGAUGAUGCAAUAUGGGAGACACUUCCACACUUCUGGGUAGCGAUAUCAAUGGUUUUCUUUCUUGCGGCUACAGUUUUCACUCUCUUGAAGCUGUGUGGAGAUGUUGGUGCUCUUGGUUGGUGGGACUUGUUCAUAAAUUAUGGGAUUGCAGAGUGUUUUGCGUUUCUUGUUUGCACAAAAUGGUCUAACCCAGUAAUUCAUAGAAAUUCUCGAACAAGAGAAGAAAGUUCAUCGUCUACUGCUAUUAGAUAUCUGGACUGGAACAGUGGUUUAGUGGUAUCUUCUGAGGAUCAUUCACAGGAUAGGAUGUGUGGCCUACAAGAUAUUGGCGGUCACAUCAUGAAAAUCCCAAUUAUUGGUUUCCAGAUCCUCCUCUGUAUGAGGCUCGAGGGAACACCAAUAAGUGCUAGACACAUUCCUCUUCCGGUCCUCUUCUCUCCUAUUUUUCUAUUGCAAGGAGCUGGGGUCUUAUUUGCUACAUCCAGAUUGAUUGAGAAAAUUGUUCUUUUACUAAGAAGUGAAGCUAGCGAGGGAAUAUACUUUGUGUACUCCUCAAGGAUUCGUGACUGCUUUGAUUUCCUGCACCAUGGUUCCAGGCUGCUUGGCUGGUGGUCAAUUGAUGAAACAAGCAGAGAAGAGCAGGCACGCCUGUUCCAUGAUGGGGCCUCAGGUUAUAAUACCUUCUCUGGUUAUCCACCUGAGAUAGUGAAGAAAAUGCCAAAGAAGGAUCUUGCUGAGGAGGUUUGGAGACUUCAAGCAGCACUUGGUGAGCAAACAGAAAUUACGAAAUUUAGCCAGCAGGAGUAUGAGAGACUUCAACAUGAAAAAGUUCUUUGUAGAGUCUGCUUUGAGGGGGAGAUAACCAUUGUACUUCUUCCUUGUAGGCAUCGCAUUCUAUGCAGCUCCUGCUCUGAUAAAUGUAAGAAAUGCCCGAUUUGUCGAGCCCUUGUAGAUUGCUCGCCUUGCCUUCUGGACUUUAUUGUUUGAGAGUAGAAACCUAUACAGAUGAAGUAACGUAGUCUUUCUCCAAAAAAGUCUAGCAAUAGCGAGUUAGCUUUGACCCAACUAACAGAAGCAAGAGAUCGCUUGCUCGACUACUGUAUUCUGAUGGGGUUACUUUCUUCCUUUUGUAUAUACUUAUAAACAGUGCAGAAUUGAGGGAGAUGUGUAAUAUAGUCUGAUCCCUUUGGUUCCAAUGUUUACACUGCUUGUGUUGGCAUGAGCUGCACUUUUCCUGUGAAAAUUCAUUUUGUUAUUUAUAUUUGAGAAAUUGGUGGCGUAUACA